GUAGAGUUUGACAGAUUAUGUCAAAAUAAAUAAACGAUUUUACUGGAUAGUUUGUGUUGUUAUUAUUAAAGAAAACUAAGCUAAAUAUUAAAAUUAUGGCUGAAUCCGAUGGUGAUAUAGAGUUUUUAGAUGAAGACGCAGAUAUUGUUCAGCAAUGCGUUCAAGCGGUUCCUGUACAGGUUCCACAUUUAGUGCCCCGCGUCGAACAGAAGAUAACCCCAUUGCUUGUGGAACGGCAGCCGGCUGAACGUAGACGCAAGAGGAGGAAGGACGAUGAGGAUUCAGAUUACGAUCCCAGAAAUGACUUCGUCCCUGCCAGUCCACCAAGCACGAAAGGCAAGAAGAAAAAACAAAACGUAAUCAAAAGUAAAGUGAAAACGUACCACGCUAAAGAACCAGCCAACACUUCGAAACUAGGUUCAGCUAAGAAGGUGAAGUAUCUACCUGUUAAAGAGCCCACCAUAGACCGUAAACUAUGUCAAAUAAGGAUCCCAGAUUACGAUGACCCACUAUGCUUGCCCGUGAAAGCUAUAAAAAAUGAGGACACUGACGAAAAGAGGUUGAAUAACUGGAAUAACGUGUGUUUGGAACAUUUUAAACAUUGCGACAACUUACUGAAGCCGGAGAGAGGGGACACUUUCAGUUCCACUAGAACUGUUGUGUUUCGUAAUGUUCCGAAUAAACAAACAGGUAAACCAGAAACGACAAUAUGGAGUAAGACAUCGGUUGAGAACGAGGAUGGUGAUAAGAAGUCCGAGAUCUUCCAAUGCGUGCUCCCUCGGUACAAGGAGAAAAAGGUUCUGACAACAUUCGGGCUGGCUACACGAAGACAUAGAGCGUAUCAUAUCACAGAUGAGGUGAUUCUCAGUAAAGAAGAGACUAAGGAGGGAGAAGUCCUCGUUGCGUACAAACCAAAAGAAUCCUCUUCUGCGGUGUACAAGUUGAUAACUGCAAGUGACAGAAAAUCAUCAGACACGAAGGACGAAUCAGAAGAGAAAGACGAGGAGGACGAGGCGAAGAUGUACAUGAAGGAGCUGGCGUACUGCAGGAUGUGCGCGCCCUGCUUCCAGACCUCGUGGCGCGGCGUCAAGAAGAACACUAAGAAGAGCAUCGCCUGCCCGAUAUGUACGCGCUCGUUCGUGACGGUGUACAACCUACUGGCUCACUUCAAGACACAUACCUCGGAAGAUGUGCAGAAAUAUAAGACUGUUAUAUCUUCUAUUUUGGCUGAGAUAGUAGACUACCACUACAAGUGCCGCGUGUGCCAGGACCAGUUCAUCAGUAUCAAGAAGUUGAGGGAACACGUUGCUACUCAUCAAGGACACGAACUGUUUAGAUGUGAGAUCGGCAACCACAUGGCGAGAUAGAAGAUAGUUAUCAUUAUAUCAUUAGAUAGUAAUACAAUAUAGAUAUAUGACCACGAUA